GAAGAUGGAUUGUUCUGUUGAUUCCACUACUUGCCCGGAUGCACGAAACACUAGCGGGAAAAACUUAUCGAAAUAACUACGCCAACUAUUCGGACGUAGCCGAGCUGUCUACUAAGCAUCCUGCAGCUAGUUUGUCCCUGAACGACAUUCUUCCGUUGCAUCACAAAACGUACGACAAAAACCGAGCACCCAAGCUUCUCGGUCAACCAACGGUCGUCUACUUCCACGUGACGGUACUGUCUAUCGAUUCAAUCAACGAAGAAUCGAUGACGUACGUCGCGGACAUCUUUUUGGCACAAAGCUGGCGCGAUCCUCGGCUGCGGCUGCCGGAGAACAUGAGCGAAGAGUACCGGAUACUGGACGUCGACUGGCUGCACAGUAUCUGGCGGCCGGAUUGCUUCUUCAAGAACGCCAAGAAGGUGACCUUCCACGAGAUGAGCAUACCGAACCACUAUCUGUGGCUCUAUCACGACAAAACGUUGCUGUACAUGUCCAAGCUGACGCUGGUGCUGUCCUGUGCGAUGAAGUUCGAAUCGUACCCGCACGACACCCAGGUCUGUUCCAUGAUGAUCGAAAGUCGUAAGUAUAGUGUGGACAACAAAGACAAUGAUGGUUGGUAG